UUUUUCCUGUUAUGGGCCCUGUAUAUUUAUGUGAUAGCAAGUUAUGGCCCUUGUUGUACUUAUAGGCUGAACCUAAUGCAUCUCCCCCUGUUGCUCUUUUCUCAGCUAUAUUUUCCUUCGGAUGGGCAAUGUCCACUAAUUUCCGCUGCUCGACAUUGAUGAUAUUCCUGCUUAUCAUGUGCCAAAGGACAGGUGCCCUAACAACUACAGUUGCUAUCAAAGCAAUCACUGAUGGUAUGUACUGGCUAGUCAUUCUACUUACUCCGUAUUUGUUCUUUACAAUGUACUAAACCCUCUUCUCUUUUUAGGCCCUGUUCCUAAUAUGAUGAAAAAUAUAGAAUUACUUGUAAUGAGCUUUGAGUGUACAGGAGAGAUGACCCUUAACCACACAAAGAUGAUGUACACAUCAAUGAUGGAACCUGUAAAGAGGAUAUUUGGUCAAUUGACGAAACGGUCAUCGAAUUUGACAAAGGACACCAAAGAAAUAACUGAUGAUUUCCGUGAGGUAGAAGAAGAAGUUGAAAGCACUGAGGGAUACGACAAUGUGAGAGAGAAAGAACUGAUAAUGGAAGAAAUCGAGAGAAACAAAACGUUACUAAUGAAUACUCAGAAGAAAUUUAGCAUGAAGACUUUCCUACGCUGUGAAUAUCUCUUUGAAAUGGGCAUAGGGAAGUGCCAUGAAUGGUUUGAUCAGAAAUAUGAUGAAUGCAUGGAGACAAUAUGGUUACCUCUUCUCAAUCAUGCAUUGUGCUGGCCAAUGAAAUUGAAAUUUGUCUGCGGCGCUUUAAAUUGGUUCCUGCCAUUGUGCAAGAAGCACAUCCGCAUCGACCCUUUGUUUGGAGAACUCUAUGAUAAUAUCAGUGGGGCCAUUGACACAUUCAAGCAAAAUGUCACCAUAGAUGUUCAAAUUACGGUCAGAAACAAAACCAUAUUUGAUACGACACUGAAGAAAGUCAAACAAAAUGUGUCUGAAACCGUUGAAGAGAGCGAAUCAGUUUCACAGAAAGCUAUGAAGGCUAUAAAAAUAGUUUUGUCUCUACUCUUCCUCCAAUACAUCAGUUCAGCUUUUGGCUAUGUUAAGAAUUACAAUUCAAACCUUCGCCACGACAAUGUGUACAUAACAACGUACUUCAAACAAAUCGACGCUCGUAGGAGGAAGCAGGGAAAGAGGCACCUGCUACCGCUGAAAAAAGGGGAACGUGCAGAUUUAAUUUACCCAAUAAACUUUGCCCUCCAUGGACCAGAGGUGAAAGCAUUGACAAGCGCUAUGAUAAAGUGCAUUCCGCUGAUUGUUAUUUGCCUGCUUUUACUUGGACUGGAUUUGGGUGUCCAAAAUAUCAUGGACAUCACUAUCAAGCACUCCAAUAUUAGCUACAACUUUGGC